CUUCAAUCAAAUCCUUCUUCUUUACAACUAAGAUAACUAACAUUCUCCCCUUUUCUUUAGUAUAUUAUUGAAUUCAUCCUAGAAACUUUUCUUAAGCAUCUUAAAAUAGAACUUAUAUUUCAUUUUUUGUGUAAAACUUUUGUUUUUGUUUUAUCUAUGACAAUCAAGCUUGUCCUGUUUCUCUUAUGGCACCUCUUUGUGAACUCUGAAUCCAUUAGUAGAGCUGAUUUUCCAGAAGGGUUCGUGUUCGGAACAGCUUCUUCAGCUUACCAGUUUGAAGGAGCUGUAAAUGAAGGAAACAAAGGAAAUAGUAUAUGGGACACUUUCACAAGACAACCAGGGAAAAUCUUGGACUUCAGCAAUGCAGACACUGCUGUUGAUCAAUAUCAUCGGUUCAAGAGUGAUAUAGAUUUGAUGAAGGAUCUGGGAAUAGAUGCAUACAGAUUUUCCAUAUCUUGGCCAAGAAUCUUUCCAAAUGGAACAGGGGAACCAAAUCAAGAAGGAAUAAAUUACUACAACAAUCUCAUAGAUGCUUUACUGGAGAAAGGAAUCCAGCCUUAUGUAACACUGUACCAUUGGGAUCUUCCACAGGCACUUGAAGAUAAAUAUGAAGGAUGGUUAAGUAGUCAAAUUGUAGAAGAUUUUGAGCGUUAUGCAUUCACAUGCUUCGAAGAAUUUGGAGAUAGAGUUAAGAACUGGAUCACUUUCAAUGAACCUCAUGGUUUUGCAAUCCAAGGUUAUGACACAGGCCUUCAAGCCCCUGGUAGGUGUUCGAUUUUCGGGCAUGUGUUUUGUAAGACAGGAAAGUCUGCAGUUGAACCUUACAUUGUAGCUCAUAACAUCUUGCUAUCUCAUGCUGCUGCUUAUCAUAGCUACCAGAGAAAUUUCAAGGAAGAACAAGGAGGUGUAAUUGGGAUAGCACUUGAUGCUAAAUGGUAUGAACCGAUAUCUGAUAAAGAUGAGGACAAAGAUGCAGCAAAAAGAGCAGUAGAUUUUGGAAUUGGAUGGUUCCUUGAUCCACUUUUCUUUGGAGAAUAUCCAUUUUCAAUGACAAGGCUUGUUGGCGAGAGACUACCAAAGAUUUCACCAGAGAUUUCCAAAGUGCUUAUGGGGUCCUUGGAUUUUAUUGGCCUAAAUCAUUACACCACAUUAUAUGCCCGGAAUGACAGGACUGGAAUUCAGAAACUAAUUCUGCAGGAUGCUUACUCUGAUGCUGCUGUUAUUACUACUUGUUUUCGUGGUGGAAUUGCAAUCGGAGAAAGAGCAGCUUCCCGCUGGCUGCACAUCGUGCCACGGGGCAUCCGAGAGUUGGCGAAAUAUGUUAAAGAUAAGUAUGGGAAUCCUCCUGUAGUUAUAACAGAAAAUGGUAUGGACGAUCUAAAUAGUCCCUUGAUAGCUUUAGACAAGGCUUUACAGGAUGACAAGAGAAUAAGAUACCAUAGAGACUAUCUUUCAAACCUUUCUGCUGCAAUAAGGCAAGACAAAUGUGAUGUAAGAGGUUACUUUAUUUGGUCUUUGCUUGACAACUGGGAAUGGAACUCUGGCUAUACUGUCCGUUUUGGACUGUACUUUGUGGAUUACAAAAACAACUUGACAAGAAUUCCUAAAACUUCAGCUAAAUGGUUCAAGUCUGUACUCAGGUUACAAACUGAUCAGAGCAACCAAAUUUAAUUAUAGUUUCUGUAUCAAGCAAACAUGUACCAUUCUUACAAAAUUAGAAAAUAAGAAAGAAUCAAAGGAAGAUUUUUUUUCUCAA